CUCGCGAUUGCCGGAGCUCCGUUCUGCCCAGGCUCCAGCUCUCUCUUUUUUUUCCGGCUUUCAGCCUGGUCCCGCCUGUCCUGCCAGGCCAGUUCCGCUUCCGGCCGCCUAGGUGCUGUGGUUCCGAAAGAGGGUCCUACGGGAAUCGCCAUGGGAAAGUCAGAUUUUCUUACUCCGAAGGCCAUCGCCAACAGGAUCAAAUCCAAGGGGCUUCAGAAGCUACGCUGGUAUUGCCAGAUGUGCCAGAAGCAGUGCCGGGACGAGAAUGGCUUUAAGUGUCACUGUAUGUCUGAAUCGCAUCAGAGGCAACUGUUGCUGGCUUCAGAGAAUCCUCAGCAGUUUAUGGAUUAUUUUUCAGAGGAAUUCCGAAAUGACUUUCUAGAACUUCUCAGAAGACGCUUUGGCACUAAGAGAGUGCAUAACAACAUUGUCUACAAUGAAUACAUCAGCCACCGAGAGCACAUCCAUAUGAAUGCUACCCAGUGGGAAACCCUGACUGAUUUUACUAAGUGGCUGGGCAGAGAAGGCCUCUGCAAAGUAGAUGAGACACCAAAAGGCUGGUAUAUUCAGUACAUAGACCGGGACCCAGAAACUAUCCGCCGACAGCUGGAACUAGAGAAAAAGAAAAAGCAAGAUCUUGAUGAUGAAGAAAAAACUGCCAAAUUCAUUGAAGAACAAGUGAGGAGAGGUCUGGAAGGAAAGGAACAGGAGGUCCCUGUUUUCACAGAAUUAAGCCGAGAAAAUGAUGAAGAGAAAGUUACAUUUAAUUUGAAUAAGGGAGCGUGCACUUCAGCCGGAGCGACAUCUGCCAAGUCCAGUUCCUUGGGACCAAGUGCACUGAAGACACUGGGGAGUGCAGCAGCAGUGAAGCGGAAAGAAUCUUCGCAGAGAUCAGCUCAGGACAAGGAAAAGAAGAAAAAGAAAUCAGCCCUUGAUGAAAUCAUGGAGAUCGAGGAAGAAAAGAAAAGAACUGCCCGGACAGAUUACUGGCUGCAACCUGAAAUCAUUGUGAAAAUUAUAACCAAAAAACUUGGAGAGAAAUAUCAUAAGAAAAAGGGUGUUGUUAAGGAGGUAAUUGACAAGUAUACAGCUGUUGUAAAGAUGAUUGAUUCUGGAGACAAGCUGAAACUUGACCAGACGCAUUUAGAGACCGUGAUUCCAGCACCAGGAAAAAAAAUUCUAGUUUUAAAUGGAGGCUACAGAGGAAAUGAAGGAAUCCUAGAAUCCAUCAAUGAAAAGACCUUCUCAGCUACUAUAGUCAUUGAAACAGGCCCUUUAAAAGGACGAAGAGUCGAAGGAAUACAAUACGAAGACAUUUCCAAACUUGCCUGAGUUUGAAAAUUUGUUAACACAUUAAAAUCCUAGAGCAUCAAAUUGGUGUUUGCCAAAGGCACUGUUAGAACUCUACUGUGUUAGGGUGUUUCUUUUGUAUAAAGCGAAUGAAUUUAUUUAAAUACUACUGUGUGAGCUGAGCAUUUUGCCUGGUGGUGGAGUUGGAGGGCAGUAGGGGACAGCUCAGGUAACUGGGUCAUUGCCAGCUUUGUGGGAGGCCUGGAUUGCAUUCCUGGCUCCUGGUUCUGACCCUCCCAGCCCUAGUUGUUGUGUCAUUUGGGGGGUGGACCAGAAAAUGGGUGCUCUCUGCAUCAUAAGUAAGUAAUAUAAAUAUUACUGUAUAUUUGUUUCGGUAAACUUAGGAGAAAAUCUAACUUGUGCAGUAUCAACAUGUAAUUUUGUUCUUGUUAUUUUUGUUUCCUUUGUAAUAUUUCCUUGAUGAUUUUUUUAAAUUCUCAUUAAAGAAUGGUAUUGUAUAGUGUUUUAUAUGACAAUUUAUGCUCAUAAUUGGAGAAAAUAUUUCAUAUAAUCUGAAUUUAUAUUUUGUGUAGUAAAGUAGGAUUUUAAUUAAAUUUUCAAGGCAGACUAGAUAUAGCAGCUUUAUUGCCAUAUAAUAUGCAAUUCACCCAUUAAAAGUGUACAGUUGAGUGGUUUUCAGCACGUUUACAGAAUUGUGUGAUGAUUUCCACUAUCUUAUAGUUCAGACUAUUUUCAUUUUCCCCAAAAGAAACCCUUGAUCAGUAUUCUCCACCCUGACCCUACUAAUCUAAUUCUUAUCUCUAUAGUUUGUUUGUCCUAGAUAUUUUAUAAAAAUAGAAUUAAACGACAUGUAGCAUUUU